CAGCACCCACUCACCCAGACGGAAGCCCGCGUAUAUAUGACCCCACCACCACCAAAACGCGUCCCAUGGUCUCAACACACCUUGCGACAACUCAAACUUGUUCUUCCCGGCGCUGCGAUCACUUACUACCUCGGCACUUUCCAUGAGUUCUUGUGGAUUUUCAACGGGGCAGGAGGAUCCUUGGGAAGAACAGCAGCGCUGGGUGCUGCUAUACUCGGAUUCACGACCAUUGUGCUGUUUAUUUACGUUCUUAUGAUGCCUUUGAUAACUGGAGAAGAACCUAAUUAUCAAUCGUGGCGGGAGUCGGGCGUGUUGUCCUCUGUCAUUCCUCUCUUAACAGCUUCGAUUGUCUUUGGCUGGCUUUUGACAGUGAUAACCCUCGGACAAUGGUCAAGUUUGGGCUACGUCAAGGGCGUUAUUGGGGUGUCAGCGGUGUAUGCUUUGACGUUUGGAUUGCUCGGUCUGGUUCCUGUGCCGAAACCUGCUGGAGUAAAGAGGAAAGCUUGAUGUAGAAUAAACUCAUUUAAUUUUUGCAUUUAAUCUAUCUGAUUCACGUGA